CAAGCUCAAGCCCGCCGACAUCCUCCUCAACAGCCGCCAUGGGUCGCGUACGCACGAAAACUACCAAAAGGGCUUCCCGCGUGCUUAUCGAGAAGUACUACCCCCGCCUCACUCUCGAUUUCCACACCAACAAGCGCAUCAUCGAUGAAGUCGCUGUCGUCCCCUCGAAGCGUCUGCGCAACAAGAUCGCUGGCUUCACGACCCAUUUGAUGAAGCGUAUCCAGCGCGGUCCCGUCCGUGGUAUCUCCUUCAAGCUGCAGGAGGAGGAGCGUGAGCGCAAGGACAACUACGUCCCCGAGGUCUCCGCUCUCGACCCCACCGCCAACCCCCUGGAGAUCGACCCCGACACCAAGGAUCUCCUCCACUCCCUCAACUUCGACUCCAUUCCCCACACCGUCGUCCAGAUCCAGCACCAGCAGCCGGAGCGGGGUCCCCGGAGGGAGCGCCGCAACGUCCCUGGCGCCGGCCGCACCUAAGCGGUGUUGUCCCAGUCGGGCUUGGGCUUCUAUGCUCUAUGACUACUAUGCUCCGUACUGCCGCAGAGAACACGAUGACUUGGGUCCACGGAGUGCAGUCCCCGCCAGACUGAUGGGUGUCAUCGUCGCUACUAUAUCUUCCACGCAUAUGUACUUGCCUUUCGCGUCGACUGGGCGGGCGGUCGCGUUGUAAAAUUGAGCCAUGCAAGACAAAACUCA